UUUCUAUUUAGACACCAAAUGUAACGGUGUUUCCGAUUGUCCAAAUGGUUUCGAUGAAAGUAUCGAAAUGUGCGGUUGUAUGGAACAUGAAUUUGAAUGUAAUCAAACAUGCAUUGAUUCAUUGCUGAUACGUUGUGAUACAAAAAUCGAUUGUCAAGAUGGUGGCGAUGAAAAUAAUUGUGAAACGUAUGUUUGCCCUGAAACACAUUUCAAAUGUAACAACCAUUUUUGCAUACCAACGGAAAAUGUAUGCGAUUUUCAAGACAAUUGUGGAGAUAAUUCGGAUGAAGAAGCAUGUACUCAUCGUGCCUGUUGGUUUGGUGAAUAUAAAUGCGAUAAUGGCCAAUGUAUUCAAGCGUAUGGUGUAUGUAAUGGCCAAAAUGAUUGUAUCGAUGGUAGUGAUGAGAAACAAUGCAAUCCUAUGGAUUUUGUCACAUGCAACCAGACCGGUAUACGUGUACAUCGUAGUCUUUGGUGUGAUGGACAACCAGAUUGUUCAAUGUUUCAUGAAGAUGAACUUGGAUGCCGAGAACAAUGCCAACCAAAUGAAUUCCGUUGUACGAAUAGCAGAUGCAUUCCGAUGGGAAAUCGUUGUGAUACCAUUUGUGAUUGUGCUACCCAUUGUGAGGAUGAACUUGAUUGUGAUGAAUAUUAUACAAAAAUUGAUGGGGUCACUUAUUGUUCGCGUACAACAACCAUCAGCUGCUCAUUAUCGGAUGAUGACCAAUACAUUGACCGUUGUUUAAAUAAACAAUAUGUCUGCAAUGGAUAUAAUGAUUGUCCGAGAUUAUUCGAUGAUGAAUAUGGUUGCCCUUUUGGUGGUUACACAGAACAAAGCUGUUUGAAAAUGAAUGAUCAUUUUUGGUGCCCUGUCGAACAUCGUUGCCUUCCUAAAUCUGUCCAUUGUAAUCAUAUCCAAGAAUGUUUUGAUGGCUUUGAUGAAUUGAACUGUGACACAAAACCUUGCAGUUCAAAUGAAUAUCAAUGUCUGAAUGGACAAUGUAUUGAUCAACAAAAACGUUGUAAUUCUAAAUUUGAUUGUUAUGAUAAAAGCGAUGAGAUUGGCUGUCGAAAUCAUUCAUGUCCAAUAACACAUCGUCGUUGUCAUUCGGGGCAAUGUAUACCAGCAUCUUCAUGGUGUGAUUAUUUCAACGAUUGUCUUGAUCAUUCGGACGAACAGAAUUGUAAUACAUCUUCUACUUCUCAAUCAUCUUCAAACGACUGUGAUUAUCAAACACAAUUUCGCUGUGAUAAUGGCCAAUGUAUAUCGGCAGAAUUUCGUUGUUUGCUCACAUCAGAUCCACGAAAAAUUUGUGCCGAUCGUUCAAAUUUGAAUGGCUGUAGAAAUUUUUCCUGUCCAUCAAAUAGUGUUAAAUGUGCUGGUAGUUUUUGCGUCGAUUCUACUCUCAAAUGUAAUGAACGUCUUGACUGCCCAGUAUUGUCAGAUUGGGCUGAUGAACAACUUUGCCCAUUCUAUUGUUCGGAUAGCCGUUUAUGUCAAUGUAUCGAUACGACAAUUAAUUGUUCUGGACACUCAUUGCUCACAAUACCGGGAUCCAUAGAGGAUCAAAUUCUUCGAAUGAUAUUGAAAGGAAAUCAAUUGGGUCUCAAUCUAACAUUGAACAUGUUUAAUCGUUUAGAUCGUAUGCAUAUGAUUGAUCUUAGUGAUAAUCAAAUAAAAUUCAUUCUACCAGGAUUAUUUCGUAAAUUAUGGAAAUUAAGAAUUCUACAUUUACGAAAGAAUCUAAUCGAAACAAUCGAAUCGUAUACAUUUACCGGUCUGCCAAAUUUAGGAACAUUCUUAAACGGAAACCAUAUACGUCUGAUACGUGAACAUGCAUUCAGUGGUUUGGCAUCGUUGAAAACAUUAGAUCUAAGUAAUCAGCAUAUAACUUCAUUGCAAAAGAAUUCAUUUUCAGGCCUUCGUUCGUUGAAAAAUCUUGAUUUGUCAAAUAAUCAAAUCAACGAGCUUCCUGAUGGCGUAUUCUCCGGUUUAUCAUCGGUUAUAUCAAUAGAUCUUCGUGGUAACAAGAUAAAAUCAGUAGGUUCAAAAGCAUUUCAAGGAAUGAAUGCAUUGAAACAGAUUACAUUUGAUGAAUUUCAUUUCUGCUGUCUGGUACGACAUGUAAAACAAUGUUAUCCUGAACCGAAUGAAUUCAGUUCCUGUGAAGAUCUCAUGUCUAAUACAAUUUUACGCAUUUGCAUCUGGUGUCUCGGGUCUAUUGCAUUGAUCGGUAACAUGUUUGUCAUAUUAUGGCGUCUCCGUUAUAAAACGAUCAAUCGUGUCCAUUCAUUUUUGAUCAUCAAUUUGGCUCUUGGUGAUUUAUUGAUGGGCAUUUAUUUAUUAAUAAUUGCCAGUGUCGAUUCCUACUAUCGGGGCAUAUAUUUCAUUGUCGAUGCACGAUGGCGUCAUAGUUCGCUAUGCCAUUUUGCCGGUUUUCUUUCCACGCUAUCAUCGGAGAUUUCCGUUUUCUUCCUCAUCGUCAUCACUAUUGAUCGUUUGAUAACGAUAACAUUUCCCUUUCGUAUUUAUCGUCUCCGUUCUAAAGAUGCCAAAUUGAUCAUCAUUUCCCUAUGGCUAGUUGCUAUCAUUAUUUCUGGUUUACCCCUUAUACCUGUCGAAUACUUUGAUAAUUUUUAUGGACGUUCUGGCGUUUGUCUUGCUUUACACAUCACUCACGAACGUCCAAAUGGAUGGGAGUAUUCGGUGUUUGUUUUUCUUGUUCUUAAUUUAAUUAGCUUCACAUUAAUAUGUGGCUCUUAUCUUUGGAUGUUCAUCGUUGCCCGAAAAACACAAAAAGCAGCAAAAUCAAAUGGUCGAAGAUUUGUAACUACCGAAACAAAGGUGCAAAAUCGUAUGGCACGACGUAUGAUGUUCAUUGUAAUGACAGAUUUCUGCUGUUGGAUGCCGAUUAUUGGGCUUGGAAUCGUUUCGUUGUUCGGUGUUCGAAUUCCUCCACAGAUAUUUGCCUGGAUUGCUGUUUUUAUCUUACCUUUAAAUGCGGCCGUAAAUCCCACUUUGUAUACACUGAGUGGAUUACCGCUUCGUCGAUCCUCGAGUAACGGUUUCAGCAAUCAUAUUUAUUCCACACGAAAACCUGGAUCUCCUAAUUAUCAUCAGAGCCUAAGUAGUCAUGGCAAACAUAUUGGCAGCUGCAGUAACAAGGACACUAAAUUUUCUUCAAAUUCGACACGUACAUCAAAUAAUGGGGAACAAUUUGGUGGUUAUUGUAAAAAUCGACGACAUUUUACUGAUCAUAAUCAUCAAAAUUCAAUGGUCAAAUCACCAUUGCUUCAAUUACCUUUAACUUCACUUAUUGGUGAUCAGCAAAGUAAUAAAAACAACAAUGAAUUUGAACAAGAUGAAAAUGAUGAUACAAGCUAUUUAUGAGUAAAUACCAUCCAAUUAUAAUAAUCACCUCUCUCCACUUUUUUUGAUGAAAUA